AAACAUUAAAAAAAUGGAAAAUUAUAUGGAUGAACUAAAUUCCAAAUUGAGUAUAGUGAGUUCAUCAGCAGAGAAUAAUCAUAAUUCUAUUGAAUUUGGAGCUACUGUAAUACCAAUUUAUUUAAACAUUAAUCACCAAAAAAAUCCAGAUUAUAAUCCUAAAUGUACUGCGAUGAUAUUAGACUUUGGUUCUAUCCCACAAGAUGUUGGUGAAAUAUACUUUAAAAAUUAUUAUACUUAUAUUAUUUCAAUUUUAGUUAUGAAAAUAUCAAAUAAUGAUUCGAAAAGAUCAAAAAAAUGGUACAUAGCUAUAAGACAAAAGAAGUUAAGGAAUAAUGUUCAUACAGAAUUUGAAUCACAAGACUAUGAAUGCAUUAAAUCGUCUGAAAGUGAAAUAGAUUGGUCAGAUUUGUAUAAAAUAAAAUUGAUCUUGCGCCAACCAUCACCGAAUUGGAGUAAUUUUGGCAUAGAUGAUGUGAAAGUUAUUCGUAAAGUUCAGUCAGGAAAUGUAUAAAUACUAAAAACAGACCGUCAGAAAUAUAUUUUAUAAUAAUAAAAUAAAUACCUAUUAAGUUGAUUCACUUAUUUGAAAAC